AUGACCGCCAACGCCUCCUCACCGGUGUCAAGUUGGCUGCCUGACCACGCCACCACACCAGCCUUUCCCUCGCUUGGCUUGUUGAUCUCGCCGCGCGCCAUCCCACUCUAUCUCAUCCUCGCCUUCUACCUCCUCUCCUACCUGCCAUCGCUUCUCGAACGCCUGUUCACUCCGGCCGCCACGCCCUCCACCUCCGCCUUCGUCGUACCCGCUGAAACUCGACACGCGCGCUUCCUACCCACCACCUCCACCCACGCCUUCCGCUACAACACGCUGUACCUCGCGCUGCGGCUGGACCGGCUCGAGCGGCGUGCACUCGAUACUGGGCAUGCGUUCGCGUGGAAGGGCGCCGUGUUCCAGCCUGAGUUUGUGGAUCAUGCCGCGCUGGCUGAACGACGCGGGGUUACUCCUGCUGGUGCGGGGGUGGCGGGGGCAGAGGAGGCGAGGGACGCGUGGAAGGCCAAAAUGCGCGCGGUGGAGCGCAUCGAAAGGCUCAGGCUGGAGGAGAAGCGCGGGAGGAAUGAUCGGAUGACGUGGUCGCUGACGGGCCUGCAUCCGGAUGGGUAUCUGAGGACGCAUAUACCGCUCGAGGCGGGUGAUCAGCAAGAGAAAGGGAAGUGGAUUUCAGGGUCGAUCCUGUUGAAGCUGGCGUAUGAGCUGCGGGAACGAGGGUUCUUGACGGUCGGGCCCCAGGAUAGUGACGGAGAUGGAAAGGACUGGAGGCACGAACUGGGUCACGUAUGGACGGUGACCAUGCCGUCGAUCGCGGGCAUCACCGGAAUCAACCCGCUUACCGUGCACUUCUGCUACCGCCCUCACGGCUUCAUCGCCAGCACCGCUGCCAAAGGGCCCAAGCAGGAGGAGGAGAGAGGAUCGUUCUGGCUUGUGGUUCUGGAAGUGCACAACACGUUCAGCGAGCGUCACAUCUACAUCCUCGAGGCAGGCAAAAACGAAGACACCACCUCAGACGCACAAGGGUCGAACACAAGGGGUGGCUACGACCAUCAAUGGACCUUCCCGCGCGCAUUUCACGUUUCGCCGUUCAACGAUCGAGGCGGAUUCUACCGGCUGUUCCUCAAAGAGCCGUUCGGUCCGCAGCCCAACGCGUUUGUGCUGGGUGUCCGGCUGCUUCUGCUCGUAGAAUCGCCCGACGCUGAGCCGCAAGGGGGCCCAAAGUUGGUAAAGAAGCUUAUGGCGACGCUCGACUCUGUUUCGCCAUCACCACCCGCAAAAGCGACCACUCAUGCUCACACGGGCAGGCGCGUGCGGCCGCUCUCAGCAGCUACACUGUACGCUGCGCUCAUGCGUCAACCCGUCGACUUGUUCCUGACCUUCGUCCGCAUCCUGUACCAAGCAGGCAAGCUGCACUUCGCCAAGAGGCUCGAUGCGUUUGGUCGGCCGGACAUGGUUCAGUCGUCGGAAACGCAGUCCGCGGACCGCUUCGACGGCGUGGGACUCCCGCCGGCGCUUAACCGCAUUCAACUGCAUCGCAAAGCUGCGGCUGCGAGCGGUGAUGGUGAUGGUGGGGUGAUGUACCCGGAGCCAGGAUGGGCGGAAUUGGUAGCGAAAGAGUAUGUCAAAGAGGUGGUGCAGCGAAGGGCGAAUGAGCUGCAGGCGGCGGGUGAACGGUGGACGGUGCAGAUUGUGUCGACGGAUCCGGCGGAUUCUGGGCUGCACAUAUCAAGCGCAGAAGGGGAGAAGGGCGGGAGGCAGUUGGUGCUAUACACACGAUCGUACGGAAUAUACGUGGACCUGAUGACGUACACCCCGCCCCGACUAGCCUUCUUGCUAGGAAGCAUCGUAUCGCGACGAUGGGGCGUCACCUCGCUCGACGAUUUCAACGCCUUCUUCGCCAAUCCUCUCACCCCGUGCACCGGUAUCAGGAGACGACAUGUGAACUUCCUCCUCACAUCCGCAUCCCACGACCGCGCGCAGGCAGAACAGCUCCUGCGGGACUACGGAAUCGAUGCCGACACGGUUCGCGGAGGGGAUGAAGGAGGCUGGAAGGUGACAGUGGCACUGUGGUUGGGAUUCGUGGCGGCAGUAGCGGAGAAAAAGGUAUUUGCAUGGCUGGGUGCGAGGUACGUCAAGGGUACUGAGCCGUGGUUGUCGCUUGAGCGCGGGUUAGCGUACGUAAAAUUGCGCAAGAACCAGGCCGAAGAGGUGCCAGGUGACGAGGUCGGUUGGGAUUCCCGCUUGGGCAGCGUGUAUCGUGCGUAG